AUGGACGCGGGGGAGCUCUCCCGGGGCCGGCAGCGUGCUGGAGGAUUUUCCCCCCGCUGGUGCUUUGUGCCGUCUCCCGGCGACAGCGAGGGCAGCCAAGGCAGGGCCAAAGCCGUGCCCACCAUCGCUUUUCUUUCUGCCUGCGCCAGGGAUAUUCCCUUGUGCCCGGGGGGCAGUGAGCCCGGAGAAAAGUCCCUUUUGUGGUGGGUGCUGGCAUCGCCCCGGGGAGGAGACGAUGGGGAUGCAGCUGCCCAAGGGGAUGGCUGUGGCCACACACUGCUGACACCCCACAGCGGCACCCUCAGCUCCAAGAACUACCCAGGCACCUACCCCAACCACACCGCCUGCUGCCGCUGGCGGCUGCGCGCCCCCCCGGGCACUUCCCUCCUCCUGGCCUUUGGGGACGUGGACUUGGAGCCCUCUGAGCACUGCGCCCGCAGCUCCCUCCUGCUCGCCGACCCCCAGGCCGGCACUGCCUACGGGCCCUACUGCAGGAACUCUGCCCCUGCCACCCCACUCCUGGUGACAAACUCCAGCACCGUGACCGUCCUGUUCAACAGCACCAGCCACCGCUCGGGACGAGGCCUCCUCCUGUCUUACGCCACCUCGCAGCACCCAGACCUGGUCUCCUGCCUGGUUCGAGGCACCCACUACACCCAGGAGCACGUCAGUGUGUACUGCCCCGCGGGCUGCAAGGACAUCGAUGGGGACAUCUGGGGCAACCCGAGCCAGGGCUACCGGGACACCUCGGUGCUGUGCAAGGCGGCCGUGCACGCCGGGGUGAUCGCGGACGAGCUGGGCGGGCAGGUCACCCUGUCCCGGGAGAAGGGGAUCACGCUCUACGAGUCGGCCUUCGCCAAUGGGCUCCACUCCAAAAGGGGAUCCCUCUCUGAGAAGCGGCUCAUAUUCCACAAAGCCUGCGGUGAUGCGCUGGAGGUGGCCACCUUCAAUGCCUCGUCCUGGUGGCAUGAGGUGGACGCAUUGGGGCAGGAUCGAGCCUGGGCAGCCGAACGGGCAGCGCUCAGCACCGCCGGCCGUUCCUGGGCGGCUGAACCUAGUUCUGAGGCUGCCUGGCUGGGGCUGGACCUGGGCACCCGCAGGAAUGUCACAGGCAUCAUCACCAAGGGCUCCUCUGAGCAGUAUGACUACUACGUGACGUCCUACCGGAGGGGCUCCACGCUGCUGGUGAUGCUGCUCAUCGGCGGCUUCUUGCUCCUCUGCUCCAGCCUCCUGCUGCUGGCUUUCCUCUGCCGCAGGAAGAGGAAGCCGGCGGCAGAACUGAACUGCGGGAUCACAAAAGGGUACCCCAAACUGGAGUCGAGGCAGGCGUGCUCCCUGCAGAGCCUACAGCCCCCCGGCUCCGCGCUGGCCUCCUUCCCCACGGCGGCUGCGCCAGGGGACCUCAGCGGGAUCCACUCGCCAGAAGCCCUUUUUAAAGCGGCGCUCGCCACUCGCCGGCACGGGAAAGCGCCCGGGUACUACUCAACUCACGGCGAGGCGUUCUUACCACCUGAGUGA